AUGUUGAGGCAGCUUUACUUCACAAUUGGACUCAUACUAUCUAUAGUUUCUGUUUCUGCCGCAGCCACCACCACACCUUUCCAAAACUUGUACACAUUUGAGCCAACAUGGGAGAAUCUUCAUUAUACUCGGUCGGUUGAUUUGAAUCGAGGCUAUGUUAAAGAGACUGACUUGAUUGAUAUCAAAAACAUUGCAUCUACUCCACAGGCAGAGUACUAUUACACUGUCAAUGAUGGGUUUGACAGUGUGAGUAACAUUUCUUAUAUUGAUGUUGUAUCUAUUGAUCAAGCUAUUGAAAUUAAACUUGAGGCAAUUGUCCCUGGUAAAGUUUAUAAAUUUACAUUACCAGCUCCAUUGGCACCUGGGUCAAACAUUGAGAUUGAAGUCAAUUAUGUUUACGCAAAUACGUUGGAGCCUAUUCCCAAACGGAUCAAGUUGGAAGAACUACAACAGCUAUUAUUCAAGACCAACAAGUUCCCUUAUUCUCCGUAUCUUACCAAAGACUACACUUUUGUAUUGACUGGUAUGACAAAAGGUCAAGAAAUGCAAUUGGCAUUGGAGGAUUUAGCCGAUGUACUCGAGACCAAGGACACACCAGAUUUGAAACCAAGGGUAGAUCAAGAUACUUUAAAAUAUGGGCCAUUAGUCCAUGAUAUUGAGCCAUUCACUUUGAAACCAAUGGGAUUAAUGUACGAUCAUAAUCGUCCAUUGACCAAAGUGCUCAAUUUAAACCGAUCAAUUUGGGUGCCUGCAUCAAACAUAAAUCGUGUUUCAAUUGAAGAGUAUUAUGAAAUCACCAAUGCUGGAGCUGAAUUAUCUUCUGGGUUUUCGCGUUUGGAAUGGUUGAAGGGAAGAUAUGAAGCUACAAGAAACCAUUGGGGGUUGAGUCACUUGGAAAUCCCCCUCAAGGAUCGUAAUUUGGAUGAUUAUUAUUAUACUGACAAAGUUGGUGUUGUUUCAAGUUCGAAAAAUAUUGCCAAUUACUUAAUCUUGCAACCCAGAUUCCCACUUUUUGGCAAUUGGCACUACAAUUUUACUUUGGGUUGGUCGGAAAACUUGGACUUGUUUAUUCACAAAUUGCCCCAGACCCAUGGUGGUGGUGCUGAUGAUGAAUAUAUCAUCAAGUUUCCCCUUUUAAACACGGUUCGUGAUGCCACUUAUGAUGAUGUAUACAUUGAUUUCUAUUUACCUGAAGGAGCCCAAUUUGUAAAUGUGUCAUCGUUAUUGCCUUAUGAAUCGGUUAAUGUUGAUAAUGAGUUGUCGUAUUUGGAUGUGUCUAAAGGUCAUGUUAAAGUAACAGUACAUUUCCAAAAUUUGAUUGAUGAUUUACACAAGUUGGAUUUGUUUUUGAUUUACAAGUAUAAUCCAACUAAUCUUUAUAUCAAAGUGGGCAAGAUUGCCGGGUUUGUGUUAGUUGGGUUGAUUAGUUAUUACUUGUUGAAUAUUUUAUAG